GAGAGAGAGAGAAAGAGUCUUCCUUUUCAUUUGUCAAAGUCUAGGGUUUCAGUUCCAAUUUCUUGUAUAUAAAACAGUUACUCAUUUUUUCCAAACCAAACUCCAUGGAAUUCUCAAGCUAAGAUUGAUUUUUCUCUUCUCCAAGAAUAAUCUUUUGUCAUGUCAUGGGAUGUGAGAGAAGAAGAAAAAAGCGAGAAAGAAAGAAAGAUAAUAUAUAGGUUAUAUAGUUCAUGAAUGAUUGAAGAGCUACCCACAAAACCCUCAUCCGCAAUACUAAUCCUCAGUUAUAGUGUUAAUAUAUCAAAGAUGGUGGGAGGUGGUAGCAUCCAAUGUUCGAAGAUAAGCCCGUCAGACCAGAACAACGAUGGGAAUAAUAGUGAUGAGGACAAUCCGAAAGAUGGAAGAAGCUCGAGCAACAGCACGGUUGAAGAGAACGAGAAGAAGUCAUCAGUGCCAGUGAGGCCUUAUGUCCGAUCCAAGAUGCCAAGACUACGGUGGACACCUGAUCUCCAUCUUCGCUUUGUUCAUGCCGUGGAGAGACUUGGUGGACAUGAUAGAGCAACACCAAAAUUGGUUCUUCAACUGAUGAACAUGAAAGGACUUCAUAUUGGUCAGGUCAAGAGUCAUUUACAGAUGUAUAGAAGCAAGAAAAAUGAUGACCCUGGACAAGUAAUAGCAGAUCACAGGAAUAGCUUCAACCUGAGUCAACUUCCUAUGCUCCAAGGAUUUAACAAAAAGCAUCACUCUAAUUUCAGAUAUGGAGAUGCUUCUUGGAGUGGUCAUGACAAAUGGAUACGUCUUAUAGGGCUAAGCAGAAACGAUAAUGGUAGACCGGGAUUUUAUGGUACAUUUGCUGAGAGGAUCUUUGGAAAUAGCCACAACAGUUUGGUCAAUAGCAAUCUGCAUAUGAAUAUUACAUUUCCCUCCUCCAAUGAACAAUCUAUAAGGAGAAACAAUGAACUAAAACAAGAAUUCCCUCAUUUUUUGAACCCAGAAAUGAGACUUCAAGAGCAGACAUCUGUGAAGAGGAAGGCUUCAGAUUGUGACCUCGAUUUGAAUCUGUCACUCCGGCAAACAUUUAGGAACGAUGAAAGCCAGAAGGGUAUGGAGGAUGAUGAAGAGGGCAGUAAUUUAACCUUGUCUUUGUAUUCAUCAACAUGAUCUUCAAAGCUUGAAGGUUGAGAAAAGGUGAGAUUAAGGAGGAGAAUGAGAGAAUGGCAAGUACCCUGGAUAUGACUAUAUGAAUGAGACAAUUCUAAGUGAGAUCUUGAGGUACUUGUCUUAGAGAAUUCUUUGGUUUAGUAGUUAAAGUAGGCUUUUUAAAGUUCGAGAUUGUGGAUUUGAACUUGAUGGUAGUUAUUUUGUGCAAAUGAUGCCAAUGAUUAGAUUUGUACUUAAUUUGCACACCACCAAACAAAAAUUGGCAUAUUUGUAAUGAAAAUGUCAUGGAUCAUGAAAUUAUAUCCUGCAAAGUGAUGUAUAGUAUAGAUUUAAAGUUGAUAGAAUGUGAGUCAUGUUUAAAAUGAUUGUAACCUUUAGAUGUAUUUUUUUGGAUAAUUUUCUAGAUAAUUUUUCUGAAUUUGUAGUAUUGUUGUAUUUUUAAAUGAAAAUGGCGGCUUGCCCAAGAA